ACGUGCGGUAUGUGUGUUGGAAGGGAGCUCUUCUUCCCAGCGGCCUGCAAGGUCUUUCCCCGCACGGGAAAGCGGAGUUGGCAGAGGUUAAAAUAAAAUCCUCCUGCGGUUCUGGCCGUUGUCACUCACUCAGUCUCAGGGAGAGAUGACUGUUGGUUCCAUGCCAGUGAGGGUUUAAUGAGGCUCCCGCUAGAGCGAUUGGCGGGAGCAGAAUGGGAAGCUGGCAAGGGAAAGAAUACAGUUGGAACCUAGAGCCGAGCCCUAGAACUCCAGAGGCUGGGCUGCCUCUGUCUAAACUUCUGAAAGUUUAGUCAGAGAACAUCUUUUGCUACAGACAAAAUAGAAGCCAGAGAACAGAAAUCUGGUUAUUGGGCUAGAAAGGUGAAUUUGGGAUUAAGACUAAAUCAGCCAGAAAAACCAGGCUCUUCCUCAAGGGUCUGGACCCGGGGAAAAAAACUCUGUAGCUAAGGAGGCUAUCCUGGAUGUUGCUUCCAAACACUAUGUCACCACUGAGCCCUCAGCUGCUGGUGGCAGCUGCUCAGCAGACCUUAGGCAUGGGAAAGAGAAAGGGUCUACCUCGAGCUACCUGCCUCCACCUUGCUGGAGAGGUACUGGCUGUGGUCCAGGGGUUGAAGCCAGCUGUACUGUAUGAUUACAACUCUGCAGGAGUAUUGGUGCUUCAGAGCUAUUUGGAGAAGCUGCAAGAACUGGGCUUCCCGACCUCAGGACUUCACAUUCUUGACAUUGGAGAGAACAGCCUAAUUGUUGAUCCUAAGCAAGCAUAUCAGCAUUUGGAACAGGUGCUCCGUGGAACCAUAGCCUUUGUGGAUGUUUCCAGUUCUCAGCCUCACCCUUCUAUCUGUUCCUUGGACCAGCUUCAGAAUGUGAAGGCUCUUGUGACUGAGAUCAUCUCACAUCUGCAGAGGCUGCAGAGAACCCCAUCCUUAGGAGCCUCCCACAGCAGGCUUCAUUCCUCACAGUGGAAUCUCUGUACUGUAUUUGGCAUCCUUUUGGGCUACCCUGUCUCUUACACUUUUCAUGUGAACCCUGUUGAUGACAACUGUUUAGCCCUGACCCCAUUACGUGUAUUCACUGCCCGGAUGUCAUGGCUUCAAGGUCAACCCUCAAUCCUGCUCUAUUCCUUUAGUGUCCCAGAGUGCUUGUUCCCAGCCUUGAGGGAGAUACUAAAUGCCUGGGAGAAGGAUCUCAGAACCCGAUUUAGGACCCAGAAUGACUUUGCCGAUCUUAGAAUCUCUUCUGAGAUAAUCACACUGCCAGCUGUGGCCCUGUGACUUUAAUUCUCCUCCUAUGUAGAAGGUAUUUAGUAAACAAUCACUUCUGACUUGUCAGUAUCAGACAGGAAUCCUAAAAAGUGCUAGUUUUAAGUGUUUUGAGAACAGAAGAAUGCUAGGAUGAAUUGGUCUCGUACAGGAAUGGGUGGUGGUGGUGAUGGUAGUAUUGGUAGUACGUGAUGGUAGUAUUGGUAGUACAUGUUUGUGAUUACUAGGGUGUCUUAGCAGUGUCUAUUUACUUUUCAUUGGAUAAGAGGUAGAAAGAAAGAACUCAUGGGGAAGGAAGGGUUGUGGAUGACCUACUCUUGUAUAGUAGCCUGUCAUAUGUGGAUAGUGUCUUGGAAUAGAGAAGGAUUAUGGGUGUUUCUGUCUAUUUAUGUAUUUCCAACUGAAUUGAAUUAAGGAGAGUAGACCUGGAUACCUGUCAUCUUUGUAAUACAUUGUUCAGGAAUAAACCAAAAGUUCCAAGACAAUUUGGUAAGGUGACAUUUAUUUAUAGUAGAUUAAAAAAAUAGCUGAGUGUCUCCUGUAAGGCUAGCUACUCGGGAUGCUGAGAACUGAGGAUUGUAGUUCAGAGUCAGCCUGGGCAGGCAAAUCUAUAAGAUUCUUAUCUCCAAUUAACCA